GUGUAGGUUGCAGAUGCGGCUCAAAACUUGCAUUGCUGUGGCUCUGGUGAGACCCCUAGCCUGGGAACCUCAACGUCUACAUGAUGAGAUUAGAAAGAUUACUGCACUUAGUGUAAGGAGAUCUGGAUUCAACCCCAGAUCCACUACUGUGGGCUGAGUGCCCUUUGCAAGACUUCCUCAGCCUUAUUCUCUCUGCUAGAUGAGAGAACACCUUCCCCUUAGCCAGUUUUGAUCCUAUGUUUGCACUCUUCAUCUUUUUUUUUUUUUGGCUUUAUUGGGCCACACUAGUGGUGUAUGAAAGUUCAAAGGCUAGGGAUCAAAUCAGAGCUACAGCUGCCAGCCUGUGCCACAGCCACUGCGACAUCAGAUCCGAGUUGAGAUUGCGACAUACACCACAGCUCACAGCUACGGUGGAUCCUUAACCCACUGAGCAAGGCCAGGGAUCAAACCCUCAACCUUAUGAUUCCUAGUUGGAUUUGUUUCUGCUGCACCAUCAUGGGAGCUCCUGAUUGUCUCUUCUUAAAGAAAUCAGGAUCUGAACCAGCCCCAGGUGGGUAAGAUAUGAAUAUCCAGAACACAGAGAAGAAGGUGUUGGUUCAAAUUUAAGUUUUAUCUUUGACUGUGUGAUCCUGGACCAAAAAAAGAAAGUUCUCUCUGAUUUCAAUAAAAAAAAUUCUGUAACAAGGAAUUCUAAACUUUAAAUGAGAUAACAAAUGCUAAGUGUUCAAUGCAUGGUAGCCUUAGUAUCCUAGAGGCAGGGCAGGGUAGUUGUUAGAGGAUGGAUUUUGAGGUCUAUCUGCCUGGGUUCAAACAUCAGUUCUACCAUUUAACUGCUAUGUGCCCUUAAGCAAUGCACUUAACUUUCCUGUGCCUCAGUUUCCUGCUCUGUAAACUGAGCACAUAGGAGAACCUUAAACACUACAUAAAUGUUACUACUACUUUGAAGAUUUUCCACAAACAUUUCUGCAGCAGGAAUUUCUUUCCUUGAGAGUUUCACACAUAUCUCACAUGUUCAUUAUGUGCAGAGGCAGUAGAAUUGGUAAUUCUCCAAGAGAAACAUCACCGUUUGACCUACGUGUCCAAAGUCAACUUUGCACAGCCUGUGGAUUCCCCCUGGCUUGUGUGAAGUCUCUCUAGGCUGCUCCCCUACGUGCAAAAUGCAGCACUCCAGGCUGCUAAGUCUAUUGCUUUUGAGCUCUGAUCUUCUCUCUGCUCUUGCACCUCAUUUCACUUAGACAGCUCUUUUUGCAGGAGUGGUUGCGGGCACUCCUGAUAAAAGGCUGGAAACUGCUUGUCCUUGCAGUGGCUUGGGUCCCAUUCACUAACAGCCCUGUGGGUCCCAUCCCUGUGGGUCUAAAUGGUGUGGUGAGCCUGGGGCUUACAAUCCUAUUGUUUGAGACAAAUGUGGUUCACUAACAGCUUGAUGCAGCACCAUUGAUUUCUAGCCCAGCACUUGGGAUUCAUUCAUUGAGUGAAUGAAUGAAUGAAUAAGUGAAUCAACUCUCAAGAGUCAAAUGAGUGUGAUAGCAACCCCACCAGGAGACAGUCUUCUUCUUAGCUUUUUCGUAGUUCCAAACUCCCCUUCCUCUCAUUUUACAACUUUCCUGGUCUAGCAGCCUCUUCGGACCCUUUCUCUUAGCAUGUAAAAUGUAGGUCAUCCUUAGUGCAGUUUCCCCACUGAUGUAAAUAACAGGGGCGCUGAACACCUGACUCCCUGCCUCUAACACACGACCAUUUGAAAAUGGUCACGUGGGAGCCCUUAACCUGGCUGCCUCUGCAGGAAACAACCCCUCUGUUCCUUUAAAUAUUCUCUGAAAGUCCCAUCACGUUUCAUAUGUGCUAUGGUGUGAAAACGUUAGAGAAGUAAUGCCUUGGUGCGUGGAAGCCCAGUUUUGGCCACUUUUCCUCUGGUGACAUCUGGAUACUGGCGGUAGCAGGAGAAACAGUGAGAACAAGCCUGGGUGGAAAUCUACCCAAAUCAGAUCAUUUGCUCUGUGCUAGGUUGAGGAUAGCAUUCUCUCAUGCAGAAUGUUUAUGUCAUUGGUUGUCCAAGUGCAAGUGCCUUGGGAGGUGUGGCAGUAACUACUCUAAGGCAUCAGGCAUCACAAACCAGAGCUGUCUGGAGGCAAACAAGGAUAUAUGACCACAGCACAUCGCUGAACUAUCAUUAUUUUUAAAAAUGUGAUUUCCUCGCCUCGACAUAUAAUACACCUAAAGGGUUCAAAAUCAAAGCAAUCUGAGAGUAUUGAGGUGGAGAAUUCUUGCUACUCCAACUUCCCAACCUGUCUGCUCCUUCCUAGUCUUGACCCCACCCUGAUAGGAGACCACUUUUAAUCAUUUUCCCUGCAUGAUUACAGUGUUUCAAUAUGCAAAACCCAGAAGAGAAGAAUAUUUUAGAAUCCACCAUUUCUAAGCACAAAGCCCACCCUAUAUACUUUGUUCUAUCUUUGUUUUUAUUUUCUUAACAAGACCUCCUGGAGAGCUUUCCAUUUCCUUGCAAAGAGUGUUUCCAUUAAAAAAAAAAAACAAAAAACAAAAAACAGCAAAAUUGUUCCAUAGCAUGCCAUUGUGCUAUUAAUUUGACUAAUCUUCUAUUGAAGGACUCUUGAGUUGCUCCUGUCUUUGGCUCUUCAAUACAAAACUUGAAUGCAUACCCUAUGUAUACAUUAUUUUAUAUGUGUGCAUACAUAUUCCUAGUAAUGGAAUUCUUCAGUCAUAGUGCAAAUGCACCUGAAAUGUGAGUACAUAUCCUUAAAUUUACCUCUACAGGGAUUACACCAUUUAGUUUUCCCACUAGCAAAGGAUGAAAGCGUGUUUAGGAUUUUCUAUAAAGUGUGUAUUCGUACUUUUGGGCCUUUGUAAAUAUGAAAAUUGAAAAUCAGUAUUUUGUCACUUUAAGGUUAAAUUUGUUUCUUCACAUAUGAGAUUGGGGUUUUUCUUACAUUUGAAAAACUUGUAUUUUUCAUAUAAUUGGCUGAUUUGAGGGUCUGUCUCCCAAACUCUAGAGUAAACCUCUUAUGGGAGAGGACUGUAUGUUUAGGCAUCUUGUUUUCAGCAUUUCUAGCAUCAGGCCUGGGCAUAAAAAUGUUUAAAAGAUCUAUUAAAUACAGGAGUAAAGGCGUGAUCUUGAUUUCCCAUAUUCCUUAUGUUAUUUUAGCUACACCUGAUAUAAUUUUUCCAACCUCCAAAUUAGGCUUUUUAAGAAUGUUUUAUGUAGAAAUACAGCAAUCAAAUGUUGAGAUGAGUACAAUUUAAAAAUCACUUUUAAUGCCAUUACUUUGAAACAAUUAUUGAUGUAUUUAUUUCUAGUUUUGAAUAAACAUACAUUUUUUUUCAAAUAUUAGCAAUGACAGUGUGAAUUUCUGAACACACACUAAAACAUACUUUUUUUUUUUGCUUACAUUUUAAGUCUGUAUAACUUUAAAUACAAUCUUUUCUGCAUAUCAUGAACUAGUUGAUGGAGGUGUGAGGUCUUGUUCCAUUCCUGAUACAGAAUACUGGCUAGGUGAGCACUCUGUGCUGAGAGGUGAUGACACAAAAGAGAAGAAAAUCCAUUCUUGCUUAGGCAAGACCUGUACUUGGAGCCCUCCAACCCUUUCAUAUAGAUCUCUGGUUUUGUGCUACUCGCUCUGGGUAGUGUCUACGAAUCCUAAGCUCAGGUAUUUAUAUCGCAUCAUUAGCCUUCUAAUCUACUCAGGUAGUGCUAAGACUUUCCGAUACACAACUGGACAGGCAAAUGAAGAAGCAGGUCUGUUGUGGAGCCAGCCUCGUGAAGAGGAAAUAUAGGACUAUCAAGGCGAUGUGAGUACAUAGAGAACUACAAAUAAGUAUUAAAAUGGCAACUCUGAGUUCAGCGCAAUUAUUCUUUUGAAGAGUCUAGAUAGAUGGCUAGUCUGUGCAGAUCCAUGAAAUAAGGAUGGAAACAAAGAGUCUUUUGGUGUUUGGGAUUGGGGAGGACCCAGCAAUUUAGUGCAAGGGCAGUUGCAACGAUCCAUCCUGGAGAAAGGUCAGGUACUUCAGGUGAAGUGUCAUAUGGGCUCAAUGCCGGUUGAGAUUGAAGGAGGCUCUCUGGUGGUCCAAAUACUUGAGCUUUACUUUUCUCCAAGAGAUGCUUCCAAUCCUGCAGUUACAUUUGCCCUCUCAGAAGCCAACAUCUUCUUUUCCUUUUGCCUAAAAAUCACCAGAAAUUGGAUCUCAGAAAGUUCAGUGAUUGCCUUCAUUUCAGUGUUGAUGUACUGGUUCAUCACUUAUGUGAUCUCUUUACCUUCGAUUUAACUUAGUAAGAGUAUUGUCCUCACAUUUGAUUCUGAAUAAAGUACACUUGUAUUUAUAAAUGAUUCAAAUGCAUUACUUCCCGUAGAUAACUUUGAUUAUUUUUCUAGAUUUCAUGUCCAUCCAAGUACGUGCUCAUGGAUAGAGCCCAACUGGGGUUAGAGCUCAGAUGCUUAUCUCGAGACUUUUUGGUGAAAAUAUUAAGGAGGCGGCUAACGAUAAAGUGAUCAUAGAAGGGAACAAGUGUCAUAAGGCAGGCUUACGUAAUAAUAACAGUGGUGAAGAUGAAUGCAAUGGUAGCAAUCCUGGUAAUAUAAGCUUUGAAGGAUGCAGUUGGAACAGAGUAUCAGGUGUUCAAUAAACAACGACUGAGCCAAUGAAUAAACGAUAGAGGACCCGAUGAAUGUAGAGAUAAUGGUGGGGGUGCUGGAGGGGGAGAUGUUCAACACGGAAGUGAGAGUGGUGCCCACGUUGAUUUUGUUUAUAUGGUGAUGAGGCUAAUGGUAAGCAGAAAAAGCUGAAUGAAAAAUCUUAAGAGGAAUUUUUUUUUUUUUUAAUGACUCUCACUUCUAUGAUGCUCAAAAUGUCACUCUCAACAUGUGCACAAGUUUGUCCAUGCGGGCUUGUCUCUUCCCAUAGACAGCGAUGUGGAACUUGCAAAAAAUUCUGGUGGCCCCAAAGAGGCAAUGUCCCUCAGUUUGGAUUCCAUAGCCCAACCUCCCAAACUCAGGGCUGCAAAAUUAAGAAGAGUCACUGGAGAAAGAGAGCAACUCUGCUUUAAUUCCCUGUGCCCAAUGUCCUGCCCCAGGGGAAAAUUUGCUGAGACCUAGUCACACCCAGCAACCCCCGGGACCACAGCGAGGAGCCCCUGGGAAGCCAGGAUUUUCAGGAACACAAGAUUCAAAUAGGGACUUUAUUGUGUUGGAGUGAAAAGGACAAUGAGAAAGAAGUUACGGGCCUUAUUGUCACCCAAACAGCCAGGUACUGGUCAGGGAUGGUGCAGCAGAGAUUGGAGGAACUGAAGAAGAGGACUAAGAGAGGGCUCUGACCUUUCCUAGGUGAGGGCUAUUAGAUGGGUGGGAAGAAACCUUUUGGGACAUUACUGUACAUCUCCGAUCUUCACCUUCAUCCUGAAAACACUUUUCUUUUAGUAGCUCUGGAGAACCACAGCUUGUCUGGGCUAUGAGGGGCUUUAUAAGUUAUCUGUUCAAACUUCUUCACUUUAGAGAAGAACACGUUGACGUAAAAGAGGAGAAAUGGCCAGGCUCAAGAUUUGUUUUCAGUUGGCGGCCCAGCAAGUUGAGGGGGCCAGUUCCCAAAGAGAAUGUGUUUAUCUUUUUCUACAGCCCUUGGAGACUGAUUCCUUAGGACCCUGACGUCACCACUUCACACGCACUUUCCUAGUACAUAAUUCCUUUUGGAAAUCCUUCCUGAAAAUGCACUGUGUCUAAUCGUUGAUUCCUCAACUGGCCCCGUCAUUCUGAGCUUUGAGGGACUCUUCUGGAGAAUUCACCUUUCUUUCUUCUCCCUCCUCUCCCUCCAUCAGUCCUUACUGAGAACAUUCUUAAGGUCCAGAGAGGCUCCCUGAGCGAACUUACCAGUCACAUUUGAGAAAGCAUUUGUCACUUUUUCCAACAAUCAGUUGGGCUGAUUGUUGUAUGUGGGGGAUGUGGCACAGGUGGGUGCUGCAACCGUGGGGCAUUUAACCUGCACUGCAAGUAGAAGAGCCUGCACAUUUUCCUAUUUCUUCCAUUUCCUGGUGGAGUAUGUGGGAGAGUAUUCUGGGGCCUGGGACUCUGGUGUCACAAUCUAUACAAUCAGAAGAGGGCUUUGACCAGGAAACCCAGACUCCACUUCCACUCUGUCAGCAACAGUCUGUGAUAGUGUGCAAAUCACUUCUGCCUUCUGGCUUUCAGUUCCUGUUUUGAAAAGUGAGAGUGGUUUGAUAAGGCAUCAAGGGAUACCUUCAGGCUUAUGCAUUCUAUACUUCUGGCUCUGGAAAAUUUCUCUAGCAGAAUCCUGAAGUAGUUCAUUUCCUGUCUGUGCCCCUUGUUCCUAGGAAUCAUGGGUCAUGUCAAUCACACAUGGAUGCCGAGUUUUCUUCUGGCUGGCUUCACCACCACUGGAAUCCUGCAACCUCUGGCUUUCUUGGGGACACUGUGCAUCUAUCUCCUCACCCUGGCAGGGAACUUGCUCAUCAUUGUCCUGGUUUGGGCAGACUCUGGGCUGUCCACACCCAUGUACUUCUUCAUCAGCGUCCUAUCCUUCUUGGAACUCUGGUAUGUCAGCACCACCGUGCCCAUGCUGCUGCAUACCUUACUCCAUGGGCGUUCACCCAUCUCCUCAGCUGCGUGCUUUGUCCAGCUCUAUGUCUUCCACUCCCUGGGCAUGACUGAGUGCUGCCUGUUGGGUGUCAUGGCACUGGACCGCUACCUUGCCAUCUGCCGUCCACUCCAUUACCACUCACUCAUGAGCAGGCAGGUACAGUUGUGGCUAGCAGGGGCCAGUUGGGUGGCUGGCUUCUCAGCUGCCCUUGUGCCAGCCAGCCUCACGGCCACUCUCCCCUUCUGUCUGAGAGAGAUGGCUCAUUACUUUUGUGACCUGGCCCCACUAAUGCGGUUAUCAUGUGUGGACACAAGCUGGCAUGACCGGGUUCAUAGGGCAGUGAUUGGUGUGGCCAAUGGGUGCAACUUUAUGUUCAUUUUAGGUCUGUAUGUGGGGAUCCUGAGAGUUGUUCUGAACCUGCCCUCAGCUGCCAGCCGAGCCAAGGCCUUUUCCACCUGUUCCUCCCACAUAACCGUAGUGGCCCUCUUUUAUGCUUCUGCCUUUACAGUUUAUGUGGGCUCACCUGGGAGUCACCUUAAGGGCACAGACAAGCAUAUUGCCCUAGUGUAUGCCCUUCUUACGCCUUUCCUCAACCCUAUCAUCUAUACCCUUCGCAACAAGGAGGUAAAGGAGGCCAUGAAGAGGGUCAGUGUCAGGAUCAGGACUCUUUUAAAUGAACCUUGAGAAUCUCUGUGGUCACAGCCCAGCUUCUUGGUUAAUUGUACGAAUCAGCCAGUUGUUAGGCAAUCAUUUGGCCAGAGUUCAAGUAAAUAUCAAUGAACAAAAAUCAGUCAGUUCAUUUGUCGAAUAUGCUGCAGAUACUCACUCAAGAAGACAUAGUCCUGGGUUAAUCAGAGCUAAGAGAGGUAUUUCUUUGGUUCCUUCGUAAUCUAAUGGGAGAGAAAUGCCACAAAAGCAGGAAAAAUAGAGAAAGUGCAGAUGUUUUUGCUGAACUCAUGACUUGGAGAGACAGUGUAUUAUGGAGAGAAGAACGCAAACUAAAGCUAAGAGUGGGCCCUUUGGUCAGGAUAGAAUUCCCAGAGAAAGACUGAAAAGGUGGAAAGCAAAUUUGGCAAAUGGGAGGCUAAAAUUAUAACUUGUAUAAUUUUCAGGGGUGGAGCAAUAAGACAUGGGCAGAAAGCUUAUCAAAAGCCCAGUGAUCUGGGGUUAUCAUGUGAUCAAAGGAAACUCAAAGGAGAAGAGAAUGAUACAACUGGGCAGAAGGCAGAAGCUAGAGAUAAUAAUUUAGAGCCUAAUGGGGAAGAACAAGUUAUUGGAGUUGGAGGUGUUGUAUGAGUUCUCUUUGAAUAUUGCAUGAUAUACCUCAUAUUAAAUAAAUAUGUAAAAACAAUGAGAUAAGUAAAUAAAAACCAAGCAGCAAACCAAGAAACAAAAAGCUUUGCAAGCACACAUGUACAAAGUAGGAAACAGGCUGAAAUAAAAAGCAGAGAUGGGGACCUAAGUAAGCUCUGAUCACAGUCUCUCCCUUCUCUUAUCCCCCAGUGCCCCUACCACUUCUUCUGCUGAAGAAAGUUUGAAAAUUAUUGCUCAGUUUUAACAUCUCUCUCUUUUUUUUUCUUUUUUUGUCCUUUUGCCUUU